UCUGUUUAGUUUUAGGUAUUCCAUUGAACUUCUAGGACUGAAAUCUUGCUCAUACCAAUUUGUGCUGAUUUAUGUGCAUGGGAAUGGGUGUUUAAUAUGGCUAGUAACAGACACAGAUCCUAGAAUAUAAUCCUGGAAAAUGGAUGGGUGGAUUGAAAGUGUUUAAGUAUGAUGUGAUUAAACCUUAAGGAAGAUCAUCAUCAGGCCUAAGUGAUCUGCUAUUGUCAGACUACCAGCAAAGAAAGCCUUUUACAUCCAAGAUCUGAGAUGAUGCACAUCUAUUGUAGAAAAGAACUUAUAAUAACAGUAAAAAAACAAAUAUUUAUCACCUAUGUGGGUAUUUCAAAUGAACCUACAGACUGGUGUUAUUCUCAAUCAUAACAGGAAAGAACUAAAAGCAUACAGAGUUACAGUAUUUCUUGAUUGAAUAAGAAAUGUGAAUACCAUUAAAGAUGUGUAAGUGCAAAUGAACCACCAGCAUAUUCAAAGGAUACAGUUUGGGCAUGCACUGGCCCUUGGUGCCAAGUUUCUCCUUUAACAGACAUAAUUACUCUCAUCUGAGCCAGAGACAGCUGCACAGCAAAUCCAGCUCUUGUUUUAGAACAGGAGGAAUUCAGGGUGAGGUGAGGAGUAGCAUGAGUUGAUCAGUACAUAGCAUUGUAUUGUAUAGUCCAAAGCGGAUGGACAGCAAGAUGCCAUGCAGUGAAACUUGGAAUUUGUUUUUUACAGUCAUUCCACUAACAACAUUGUGGUCAGCAUGAGAUACUGAUGGUGCAGUUCUCCAAAAGUAGUUAAGCAGAUUUCUGCUCAGCAGGCUGGACUUAGUCCGGAAUGAAGAAAAUAGAGAGCAGAGGAUAGUGGUUUGCAAUAGAAAUGCAAGAACCUCUCUUGAAAGCUAUUGUAUCUUGCAGACACCAGUCAAUUGUGAAGGGAAGCAACGGGCUGCCCCCUGAGGAUCGCCUUCUGAAAUUCCUGGUGGACAACUCUGCAGACAAUGAGGAAACAGUCCAAUGUGCCAACUGUGACCUAGAAUGCAAAAACCAGGAUGUGGACAGCAUGUACUAUUGCAAUACUUGUAACCAACCCUUGUGUGGCACCUGCAGAGAGGACACCCAUAAAGCUAAAAUGUUCUCCCGUCACGAGAUCGUAUCAUUGGCCAAACGGACUAAGGAAAUUCACAAAAAGUGCUCCCUCCAUGAAGAGCUCUACAUCAUGUUUUCUACUGAGAAGAAAUCCAUGUUGUGCAUCAACUGCUUUCGAGAUAUGCAAGUAGAGAGCCGAGCCCACUGUAUUGACAUCGAGACAGCAUACAUGCAGGGCUGUGAGAAACUGGACCAGGCUGUCAUGGCUGUGAAGGAACUUCAGACUUCUGCACGGGAAGCCAUCAUAUUGCUAAAAGCCAUGAUUGGGGAGGUGCGGACAAAUGUGGAUGAGGAAGAAAGUGCAAUCAGCACACUCUUUAACAGCAUGCAGGAGAAACUGGCUGAAAGAAAGAAGAUCUUACUGAAGGCUGCACAGAGUCAGCAUGAAGAGAAAGAGCGAGCCUUUAAAGAGCAGUUGUCUCAUCUAUCAGCUCUUCUACCAACUCUGCAGGUUCAUCUGGUGACCUGUUCUGCAUUCCUCAGUUCUGCUAACAAGUUUGAAUUCCUGGAUCUAGGAUAUCAGCUCAUGGAGAGACUGAAGAAGAUUGUGAAGCUGCCACAUCGGCUGAAGCCAAGCCAGAGUAGCAAGAUCAACACUGAUUACCGCUCAGAGUUUGCACGCUGUCUGGAGCCCCUGCUCAUGUUGAAUCAUCGCCGGUCAGUUUCCCUAACAGGAAAUAGUGGGGCCUCAGGAAUAUCCGGUACCAGCAGCCUCCUUCAGUCGUCGCUGGUUGUACCCUGCCACUCCCCGUCUACCAGUGACAUGUCCUUAUCUGCAUCCGUCGUUCGCAAGCCAACAUCACACCGCUACAUUAGUACCAAAGUUCUGCUGGCUGAGGGGACAGAGACAUCAUUCACUGAACACUGCCGCAACUAUGAGAACACCUACCGGACUCUUCAAACUGAGAUCCAGAAGUUGAAGGACCAGGUGCAAGAAAUCCAUCGGGAUUUGACCAGGCACCACUCACUCAUUAAGACUGACAUCAUGGCUGAAAUCAUGCAGAAGUCACUGCAGAUAGAUGUCCAGAUAGCAUCAGAAUACUCUUCUGUGGAGAUGAUGAGGACUAUGUUCGAAGAGAUCUGGGAGGAAACUCUGCAAAGAGUGGCAAAUGAGCAAGAAAUUUAUGAAGCUCAACUACACGACCUGCUGCAGUUAAAACAGGAGAACAGCUACCUGACAACAAUCACCAAGCAGAUAGGCCCCUAUAUCCGCUCAAUCGCCAAAGUCAAGGAGCGCCUGGAGCCCAGAGCAAAUGAGCGCAAGGAGGCCAAGGAUGACCGCACAGAGACCAUGCUGAAAAUCUAUGAGGAAGGUGCCAUGUGUGGAGAAAUGCAGCUCAGGAACGACACAUCAACUGUUGCAGAUGAAAAUCGGGAGAAGCUGAUUGACAACAGGACUCUAAAUAUGCUGGUGGAAGAGCCAAACUGUGGUAACCCCUUUGAUUCAGUAUGCCAGUCACUCUGUGCAAGUCACCCACUCUGCCUCCAGCAAAAGAACCCCAGACCAUCACACUUCCUCUUCCAUGUUUAACAGUUGGCAUCACAUACUGAGGAACACUCCUUUCACCAACUCAGUGGCAUACAAACACCCUGCGUGUUGAACCGAAGAUUUCGAAUUCUGAUUCAUCAAUCCAUAAGACUUUCUUCCAGUCUGCAGUAGUCCACAGCCAUUAUUUCAUGGCUUCUCUUCAAAAUAGAAACUGAGACUUGCAGUUUUUGAUCACUGUUAAGCUGUACUUGAAGCUGUUGUGCCUGUCACACACGCUGGUGACCCUCAGAAACUUGUCGUCUGAUUGGGUUGUGACUUUGCGUCUGCCACAUCUCUUCCUGUCCGAGUUUCUUCCAGUUUCCAAUUGCCUUUGGAUUGUGCAGGACAUUGUACUCACUGACAUGGUUUUGUUUUUUAUUUCUUGCCGUUUCUCUAAAUGAAAGACCUACUCUUGGGCAAUAAUGCUCGGUCUCAUUUAAUUUAUUAAUUUGACAUUUUCUUGCUUUUAUCACUGGAAUUUACAACUUUCUACGGUGUAAUAUUGUCCAAGGAGUACUUCAGAGGGUGUAGUAACACAGUCUGUUCAAACUCUGCUUUAAGACAGACAGGUGGUUUUUAAGUAAUAAACAAAAGUUGGGACACGUGUGCAAACUGCUUCAAAUUGCAAGGCUUACUUAACUUUAAUUGUUGCAGAACAUCUGUAGGUUGUGAAUUAGUCUUUCCCAGAAGAAUUUCCCUUUUUUCAGUUUUUGCUCACCUAAACUUUAAAUUUAAACCUCUGGCAGUUUACUGCUUACCGUUUCACCAUUGUAGGUCACUCAUUGCAUUUCAACUGAUGAAAUUAGAAGAAAAACAGAAAUAUUUUAAACGUUUUGACCAGUAGUAUAUUAAUCACUUUAUAGAGAAUUCAAUACUGCUGUUUUUUAAUAGUACUGGUAGAGCAACUUUGCACUAGAGGGGCUCAAUGCAGGCUUUCACUGCUUUCUUACACAGGUUUUAUCCGAUCCACGUCCAAUAUUUAGGAUAUUCAACACUGGUUGGAAUUUGUUUUUCUUCCAAUGUGUAAUUAGCCAAAAAAAAGAAAAAAAAAAUACCUUCUUGAAAGCAGAUUUAUAAAUUCAUUGAAAUUUUAGUUCAGAACGCUGGUCUGAGUGUGGACCCUCAUUGCCCUUUGAAGCUGCAAUUUUUCAAGGUCAGAUUGUGCAAAUCUGGCUGAUUUAUUUGCCUAACAUUCCUCAACUUUGAGGAAUAAAACUUGAAAACAGUAGGUUACUGGACCCACAUGGUGGUGGUACUUUUGAGUUCACUUUGAAGGACUCCACAAUGCAAACUGAACUAGAUGGGUUUUUCUUCUGUGCAUUUUCAUUUCUUUAACAUCCAAGUGAUAAUUUCAGGAACAGUAAAAAAAAAAAAAAAAAAAAAUUGAAAUGUAAGGAAAUUGCUUUUGCUUGCUUUCAUGCUAUGGAAAAACAAGCUAAUAUUAUGUCACAGAAAAUUAAAAUGGCAUACUAUUGUUGCAUUGCUAAACCCUUUUAACGUGUCCUUGCUGGUUGUGUCAGGGAGCUGCCCAUGGAAACACAGGGAUCAGACACUGAUUAUUUGUAAAUUUAUGUAUACACAGAUCAUAAAUUGAAGAAAAAACAGUAGUAUUUGUAGUGCUGUAGUGUAUAAAUAGCUCAUGUAUCUCAUGCUUGUAAACUGAACUUUUUUGUUUACUUUAACUAUUUGGAUUAUUUCUCUAUACUUUAAAAUAGUUGCUCUUCUCUAAGAAAUCUUCACACACAUUUUAUAUUUUUCCAGCAUUUUAGAUUAGUGGAUUCAUUUUGCAAUUAGGAGUAGAAAUUCUGCAGGUAAACAUGCAAAAUUAAGUAACUGAGUUAACUGCUGCUAAAAGCACAUUAUCACCUCUGUCUUGACAGCUGUAGAAAUUUCAUUUUCAGCGGAAAUAACUGACUAAUCUAAAACCACGCGAAGACAUUCCCAAGGGGAAAGAUAAGGGGAGAUAUGCCACAUAGGCAAAUCUGUGUUGCAAAAGCAGAUAUUACCAUUUCCUAGAUGUGCAAAAGUAACUUAACUUUAAUUAUGACAAGUGUUUAUUUGGGAACAUAUGUCAGGUGCUUUCUGUGUAACUAGCUGCAAUAAAAAUAGCCACAGAAUCUGCAA